CCCACCUGACACACUUUGCUACAGAGGACACCAUUACCGACCACACCACCACGGAACACCUGAGAGGAACCACACCYAGGUCCUCACCCCAGACAGAGCACUCCAGGCUGGGUAGGGUCCUGCCUGUCUUCCCCCCUGAGCACCUGGAGGCCUGGUACUAAAUGUGGAGGACCCUGAGUAUCACCUGUUCAUCUGAAGAUCUACAAGAGGAGAGUGUUUGAUGAUGAAGCUCCACCUUGUUUCUCCUUCUACUUGAGGCGAACAAGUUCACCAGAAAACUGGAUGCCACAAAGUGGAGGAAACUCACAACUCGCUGCUCCGAUUCCUUAUCCAUCCAUUUGUCUUAAGAGUUUCUCUCUCUCUGUUCCUUUGCACCAUCACCAUGAGUGCUGUCUUCUCCCACCCCUUCAUAGACCAGCGGCCCACCUACCUAAACAGAGGCAGCAGCCUGCCGUAUGGUCUGUCUCCCUCUAGUGGCUACUCUGAGAACCGCCCAAACACCCACUCCGACCGCCUCCACUCUGGCUCUGYCCCUCUGGCCCACACAGUGCCCUUCCUCCUCUACCCCACCACAAUGGACCCUGGAGGCCUCUAUGAAGCCUCAUUCCGGGGCCCCGGAGGCCCCAGUCUCCUCCCGUACCUGUCCCCAUUCCACCACGGGCACUUUGGGGUGUACGAGUGCCCCUUCGAGCCAGCGUUCAUCCAGAAGCGUAACGAGCGGGAGCGUCAGAGGGUGAAGUGUGUGAACCAGGGCUAUGCCAAGCUGAGGGACCACCUGCCAGGGGGUGCCAGUGAGAAGAGGCUCAGUAAAGUGGAGACACUGAGGGCAGCAAUUAAUUAUAUUAAAUACCUGCAGGGGCUGGUGGAGGGGCAGGGGAAAGGCAGAGAGGUGUAUGAGGGGGGACAGGUGUGCCACAGCCCCAGUUCUGCCCACCGUAGGACGGAGGACUCGGACCACAGCAAUGGGGGGUCACCUCGCUCUCUCUCAGACUCCUCCUCUUCCUCAGCGGGGAAAGACUGUGAGGAGUCAGCGGGCUCUGGGACCUAGAUGAUUGUGGGUAGUGUAGUUUGUGAGCGAGACUGUGGAUAGACGUUUGUGGAUUGAGGUAGGACUUCCCUCUCUCCAAGGACUGCUCACGAAAAGAUCAAACCCUGAGUACAAAGAUAUAUAAUUUAAGACUUUUCCAGUAGAUACUAUGUUUUAUAUUGGCAAUGUGUCUUGUUUUAUUGCCACUGAAAUGUUUUACCAAACCACUUUCAGAAGCUGAUUAUGUUAAAGAAGAUGUCAUGAACACUUCAGAUUUGAAGAUAAACACCUGAAACUCAGAAAGCAAUCCCAGCUAGCACAUAACGUUCUGAGAACAGCUCUACGUUUUUAGAGCUUGGUGAGACCGUGGUUGUCCUAUGGUUACUUUGCACACAACCUUCCAUCAACUCUUUGGGAAUGGUGCAUAGUUGUUUGGCUUUGGAAUAGUCUCUGCUAAUUUGAGGAACUUGAUAAAAGAAAAUCUUAGUAUUUCAUUAUAUUAAAAGAAAGUUUCCGAAAUGGUCAAACAGGGUUGCAUUUCAUUUCAAUUUUGGUAAUUAUCUUGGAAUGUUCUCAAACUGGUUUGACAUUGGGAAUGUUCUCA